AUGCCUCAAUCCUUCCAGGGCAACAAGUCUUUCAUCGCGUUCUCCAACCUCGGCGACACAGAAUCCCUCACGAAGACAUGGAAGGUGCGUUCUCCUCGUCGCCCCACACGUCCCUUGCCGACCGGGGCCCCGUCUCGCACCCCCCACCCCCCCCCCCCCCCCCAGGUCUGCACCAAGGUAGCCGGUUACCUUGAGCAGGGCCAACGCCUCGAGAACCUCAGCUGGCGUCUAUGGCACCUCCAAAAUCUCAUGGUCGACACCGACAACGCGAGGUCCAAGCGUGAGUUCAAGAAGCUCUCCAAGUGCAUGGGCGACAAGCUCGACAAGGAGAAAGGACGGAGCAUCGAGGAGCUCGAGGCUCCCGGCUUCAAGCGCAACCACUCCACCGACAUCAUCCGCCAACGCGCCGCAGAAAAGGAACGCACUCGGGAGGCGAACCUACAUACCGCCCCCGGCACGAUCAAGCGCAUGCAAUUCACUUUCUCCGUCGAUCAACCCACCCCCGCGGCUUCUGCUGGCCCUGUUAAGAAGCCCGACCUCAAACCUUCCGCCGAGUUCAAGGACAACGUCUCACGACGCGGCCGACCCUCCACUCGCCACACCAUUGCCGAAGACCCCGCCGACCCCCCUCCCGCCCUCCCUGACGCCAACGACAAGGAUCCACCUCUCACCCAGCGCGGCCGCAAGCAGCCUGUCGCCACCGUCGACUCCCCUCUCGACCUCGGUCAUCUAGAGCCCGCUUCUCUCCGCUUUCCAUCUCUCUUCUCUAGCGACUUCGGCCCCUCGGCCCUCCUCUAUCCCUCCCCCACCGUCACCAACGCCAUGAACUAUGGCGAGGACGUUCGCCGCAAUCUCCACAGCGACUCGUUCAGCAUCCGGCGCCCUACCAUCGAGCUUCCCCUCGAAGAUUUUCUCAUCGAGUCUACCGACAGCCCUGGGGAUUGGACUAUGGGUGGCGUCAACAACGACUCGCGACAACAAGACUUCAUUGACAGCUCUCUUCACGAACAAGACGUCGACAUGAACGGCACGAACACCACUGACGCCUACGACCAAGCUGCUGCGUACUCGCAGGCGGGAUUUCCUCCGACUCCUGCGACGCAACAUGAGCCUCUCCCCCAGACCGUAUCUCCCUCCAAGCUCGGCUCAACCACACCCUCCUCGACAACAUCGUCGGGUCGACCGUCGUUGAGUCUCCGGACGCAGAGCGCCACCUCGCGCUCGUCUGCACCUGGUGCGACGGCCACCAAUCCGGCUACCCACGUGCCUAACAACUAUUUUGCACCAGGGGGUGUCAAGGCUGAGUGCACCAACUGCGGGGCGACGCACACGCCAUUGUGGCGCCGCGGCCUCAAUGACGAGCUCAACUGCAACGCUUGCGGGCUCUAUUGCAAACUGCACAAACGUCCUCGGCCAAAGACAAUGCGGAACAGCCAUGGCGAAGGGCGCUCCCAGGUUGCGCCUCGUCAAGAGUCAUCGGAAGUCAUGGGUACGUAUAGCACCCAAUGCUACAAUUGUCAUACCACAGCGACUCCCCUAUGGAGGAAAGAUGACGAAGGCAAGACCGUCUGCAACGCCUGCGGCUUAUAUUUUAAAUUGCAUGGUUCUGCACGGCCUAUUUCCAUGAAGUCGGACGUCAUCCGCAAGCGCUCGCGACACGAUGCGAGGAGGGUGGGGAACAGCGGCGUUUCCGAGACGCCCUCUGCGAGCCCCGGUGCGAGUCGCCGUGCGACCCCCAAUGCGGACGUCGCCCCCAUCCUCGCCCCAGACUCCACAACGCAGAUGGGCUUCGAAGGUGGUGAAGGGUUUGAUUACCGCCCGACGCAAUCCGAACUCGUGGGUGCCCUCGGCGGAGACAGCAACCCGAACGGCGGCAAUAACAACAACGACGGCUUUGUUGUCCAGGACGGCUACUCCCUCAAUCUCCCGAAUUUCCCUGGCCCAUAUCACCCCGACAUUCUUUCGCAGCUCCUGCUUUCGCGGACUGAGACGCAAACGUUCGCCGGCGAAUCUUCGGAUGCUGACGCCUCGGACUCUAGGAAAAAUAAGCGGCGCCGAAUGAGCAACGACUCUGCGACCGAGCCCCCGUCAUCCGCUGUGUCGUAUGCCUCAUUCAGUGAAUCUUUCUCGAGCUCGAGCGCCUCCGCGUCGGGCUCGCAACGCUCGUCCAUGGAAUACCCGUUCUCGUACACUUACCCCAUGCUGCGCGGUGGAAACAGCAACAACAACACGUUCUGGCACCAGACGGACUCGCCACAGUAUAACGUCCAUCCGCCCAUGCUGCUCCCGGACGAGUCGCCACAGUACAACGUCCAUCCACCCAUGCUUCUCCCCGACGAGUCACCCAUGGACUUUUUGCACCCGCCCAUGCUCCCACCCGACCACGAAGACUCGCUAUUUUCCUCCUUCCUUCAGCCACACCCACCGAUGUUGUUGCCUGAGGAUUCGGGUAUUCAUUCCCUGCGCCAGCCACAGCAGCCUGUAGCUUCGGGUGAGUGGAGUGGCAACUCGUACUCAGAAAACUCCAUGCAGUCCUUCUGA